AUGGAUUUUCUAGACUAUUUAUGCAACAAUUUCCAUGGCUUUGUUUGGGAAUUGGACGCUUUUAUUUACGACGCCACGGUGUUGGAGUACUUGGCAGGGCAGGAUAACGAGUGCCGCUUACUUACUGUUGGCUCCUGGUUCUCCAUGACUGGCUAUGGCUUUGCCUUCCCGAAGAAGUCCAAGUAUCUUCACAUGUUUAACAAGUACAUGAUUCAGUACAGAGAAAAUGGGGACCUGGAUCGCCUCCAGAGAUUCUGGCUACAAGGUGUUUGUAAGCCCAGCAAGAACAAACGUAACACCAGCAACCCGCUAGAUACCAACCAGUUUAUGAGUGCCUUCUUACUGCUUGGGUGUGGAGUCAUCUUCACGUUGGUCUUGUUAGGCUUAGAGCACAUCUACUUCAAGUAUAUGCGUCAGCAUUUAGCUAAGAAAGACACUGGUGGCUGUUUGGCUCUAGUCAGCUUGAGUAUGGGGAAAUCGUUAACUUUUAGAGGGGCAGUGUACGAAGCUCAAGACAUGCUGAAACGUCAUCGAUGUAAGGAUCCCAUCUGUGACACCCAGCUAUGGAAAGCUCGACAUGAGCUAGAUAUGGUUCGGAUCGAGUUGAAACAACUCCAGAAGGAACUGCAUCUCAGGACAAGUCCCGUGAAUUCUUUAAAACCACGAGAUAUCACGAGAGAUCACAGGAGCAUCAGCGAAUUCAAGCCCUCGCAGACGAAACUUUAUUAUAGGCCUUUGCGAAGAGAGAUUGCCGAAUACGAAACAGUAAUUUAGAAUUUCAUUGGUUUUCGUGAGAUCACAAUUUGAUAUAAAAAAGGUGUUAUUAAACGUGUGUUUAAUUUCUUCUUUGAAUUUGUGAAAGAUAAAGUUUCUGUAGACUUGUAUUAAAGAUUUGUGAUACGUAGUAGUGGAAGCCAUAGGAAGUGAUCACAGUAGUCACGAGCCAAGGUGAAAACAAGGGCCCUUCAAUGGAUUAUGGCCAACUUUCGUUCCUUCCUAAAAGUAAAAAAAAAAAAAAACAACUAAAUUUUGUAUUUUGGGAAGAAUUGGUAUAGUCCUAUCGCAUUUCAAAUACUCUUUCUUUUUUGAUGAAUUAUGUUUCGUGACUGUAACCUGUUUGCUCAAAUGUAGAAAAAUGUUAUUUUUUUGCGAAGAGUGUAGUCAAGGUAUUAAUAAUGUUUUGAAAAUGUAGAAAUUAAAUAACUUAACUUUUGUGUAUAAAGAUCUGAUGCACGUUCAAGCGUCACUUUAAAAAUUAGCGAAUCACAGAAGACUUUCUUAAAACUACAGAUCUAUUUGGUUUCGGGGGACUUAGUAGGGUAAAAAUAUGUAUAGCAUUCUAACUAUGAAAAUUGGUCUGAUGUCGAAAGGUUAAAGCAGCUCAUUUCUUUACCAACCCCUCCCCUCCUACCAAACCAAUAAUAAAGUGGUCUGCACAUAAAGUUGCCUAGCAACAGUAUCUUUUGUUAUAUUAUUGUUGGAGACAAUAGGUCUUGUUGACAGAUAAUUGUUUUCAUUCAGGUUCCUUCUCGUCACCUUUCCUUUCGUCAUUUAAUAUUCAUUAUCCAUAUUGAAUUAGUCUUUGUGACACUCCAAACUGUAUAUAUAGUAAAAUGGGUGAAAUAUAUAUGGGGUAGUAUUGUGACUUACAGUAGUGUGUUGUGAUUGACUUGUGCUUGUUUAAUCAUGACUUAAGUUCAUUAUUAAAAUAUUAUAAACGUAUUUACAUGGAGAGUUGUAACUCUCUUCUUUUAUGUCAGUUUUACUCUGUGUGUGUGUGUGUGUGUGUUUUUUAAUACGGUGGUUCAAAUUUGGCGCGUGUAAUCUGCUAGAUAUGAGUAAUAGACUUCACGGCAAUCGGAAUUGACUUUUUUUCCGAUAUUUUGUGAAUAGCACAGUUCAG